UCUCGACAAAAGUGCGUAACCGGUGCGGAUGAGUGGUAUUUUACUAUACCAUACAAUUUAGUCCAUUUAGUCAGAAUCUACGGUCGUGAACCAAGCAUUUCCCUCCAUAAAAUGAGUCGACAAAUCCUACGAUGUACUUCAAAAAUCCUUCCUUUGGCCCACAGAAGUGCCAGUUCACAAGCCAAGAGCCCAGUGUGGCCUCGUAAGAUCUUUUCCGGUGUGCAACCGACGGGUGCUUUACACAUUGGCAAUUACUUGGGUGCCAUCAAGCGUUGGGUUGAUCUGCAGGAUGCGGGCGAAAACGUAACCUACUGCAUAGUGGACCUUCAUUCGAUCACCCUGCCACAGGACCCGCAGGUGUUGCGGCACAACAGCCUCCAGAUGGCUGCCACACUGCUAGCAUGCGGAAUAGAUCCCUCCAGAGCGACGUUGUUCCUGCAAUCCGGGGUUCCGCAGCAUGCGGAGCUCUCGUGGAUUUUGGGAUGCAUGACGACGAUGGCUAGGUUAACCCAUUUGCCACAGUACAAGGAUAAAUCGGCCAAAUUGAAAGAAAUCCCGCUGGGAUUGUACAUCUAUCCGGUACUUCAGGCAGCUGAUAUAAUGUUGUACAAAGCAACCCACGUUCCGGUGGGGGAGGAUCAAAUCCAGCAUCUGCAGAUGGCUCAGUCCUUGGCCAGGGCGUUCAAUAACAGGUUUGGUACGACGUUUCCGUCCUGUGAACCCAUUAUUUCAGAUGACACCAGUUGUCGGCUGAAAUCACUUCGGGAUCCGACGAAAAAGAUGUCCAAAUCGGAUCCAGAUCCGAAGGCUUGCAUCAUGCUAACGGACAAUGGGAAAGAGAUUGUGGAAAAAAUCAAAAAAUCUGUUACCGAUUUCACUUCCGAAGUGACGUUCGAACCGGAAACGCGACCAGGUGUGGCAAAUCUGAUAACGAUCCACUCGUUGGCCAGUGGUAAGACACCGCAGCAGAUUUGUCAGGAAGCCAAAGGUCUGAAUACCGGCCAGUACAAACAGCACGUGGCUGAUGCACUGGUUGAACACUUGAACCCCAUUCGGGUCCGCAUUGAAAGGUAUAUGGCCGAUCCGGACUAUUUGGCGGGGAUUAUUGAGGAGGGCUGUGACAGAGCGAGGACCAUCGCCGAGAAGACGGUGGCCGACGUGAAGGAUAAGGUCGGAAUGAAUGGGUUCAGUUUGGCGCGGACGCACAGGUUGCUCCACGAGCAGAAGGCGAAGUAGAUUGUUUGGGUAAUGGUCGUAUGAUAGACUAUAAUAGUUGUUGAACAUGUUGAAGAUUUGUCGAACCUGUUUGUUCAUUCGGUAAUGAUGACAACUCCUAAAAUUGUUGUUUCGGAUAAUGGAAAAGAAGUACAGUAGUGUGAAGAAGCUAAAAUAUCCUUUUCACAAUAAUUCUGUUCAUUCUGUCCCACCCGGUAAGUAAAUUUGGUUAGCUUUCAUAACAUAACAACAGAAGCACAUUGGUAAGAGAGUGGUUAAAAUUAUCCAGUUUAAUCGAUUAA